GAGCUAUCAACGAAUAAACAUCACGAAAAAAUAAAAUAAUGUUGCUUUACCUCGCCGUUAUUUUGUUCUUAUUAUAUAUAUGGAUUAAAAAUAUUUUCAAAUAUUGGGAAAAACUAGGAUUUGAGUAUGUGCCAGGAAGUUUUCCACUAGGAAGUACAAAAUCCGUUGGACAAACCGAGCAUAUGAGUGAGUUUCUGACACGUGAAUAUAACAAUUUUAAGCAUAAAACUCCAGCAUUUGGAAUCUAUCACAUGUUAAGACCUACACUUGUUUUGACUGAUCCUGAGUUAAUUAAAGAAAUAUUAGUGAAAAGUUUUGACAAUUUUCAUAGUCAUGGCAUUAAAAUAAACGAAAAGGUUGAUCCAUUAAAUGGAAAUUUAUUCUUUAAAAGUGGUCAAGAGUGGAAAGAUUUGCGAGCGAAAUUAAGUCCAACCUUUACAAGUGGUAGAAUGAAAAUGAUGUUCCCACUUGUAUCAACUCUAGCUGAUGAUAUGAUUGAAUACUUAAAGGUUAUUAUCGAAAAGACAGAUACGCAUGAAAUGAAGGAAAUUUAUUCAUCAUUUACAACAGAAGUUAUUGCAAGUGUCGCAUUUGGACUGGACACAAAAUGUCACGGUAAUCCAAAUAAUGAUUUCAGAAGGAUGGCAAGAUCAAUUUUUGAACCAACCGCAUUGGAAAAUAUAAAGAAUCUAAUCAUAAUAUCUUCAGAGAAAAUCUCCAACAUGUUCAAUUUGGCAUUCAAUCGUCAAGAGACGACCGACUUUUUCUUACGAAUUGUCCGAGAAAAUCUUGAAUAUCGAGAAAAAAAUAAUGUAAAGCGCAACGAUUUCUUUCAAUUGCUGAUUAACAUUAAAAACAGUGAAAUUGGAAUGACCUUCAAUGAAAUUGCCGCAAACAGUUUUGUAUUUUUCGCUGCUGGUUUUGAGACAAGUUCGAGUGUCAUGACAUUCAGUACAUACGAGCUUGCUUUAAAUCAAGACAUUCAAGAUCGUUUAAGAAGUGAAAUUCAAGAAGUUCUAGAGAAAUAUAAUGGAGAAGUAACUUAUGAUGCACUUAAGGAAAUGAAAUAUCUAGACAUGGUUUUUAAGGAAACAUUGCGAAAAUAUCCAGCACUCGACAAUCAGAACAGAAAAUCUACACAUGAUUUUAAAAUUCCAAACUCAAAGCUUGUUAUCCCUGCUGGAACAAACAUAAUUAUUCCCGUCGAUGGACUCCAUAAUGAUGAGCGUUUUUUCGAGAAUCCAAAAAAAUUUGACCCGGAACGAUUUACAGAAGAGAAUAUAAAAAAACGUCCUUCAUUUGUUUAUAUUCCGUUCAGUGAAGGUGGUCGAAUGUGUAUAGGUUAUCGAUUUGGGACGAUGGAAUCGAAAGUCGGAUUAGUGAAACUUCUCAGCGUUUUCAGAAUACUUCCAUCAGAAAAAACAUCGAUUCCAAUAAAAUUAUCUCCAACAGCUUCUCUUCAGACUCCAUUAGGUGGUAUGUGGUUAAAACUUCAAAGACUGUAAAUUUAUCAACUUUUUUUUUACUCAAAACAUAAGACUUACACUUAUUCAAUAAUAUAUAUUUUUAAAAAAUCUAAAAUUUGUAUUUUUUUAUAUUUCAAAAUAUUUUUUUUGAGAGAAAAAAAACGUGUUUCUCCUUGAUAUUAAGAAAUUAAAGAAUCUAUACAUACUUACGUACGUAUAUAAAAAUAAAAUCAGAGUUUGCAAAAAAUUCAA